UAACUCACUCUUUAGUACAUUACAAAUAUUUUCAACAAUGGUUUCUCCUUCCUCUAUAACUAAGCUUGUCUUCUUAGCUUGCUUUGUUCUGUUCUCAUUCUCAGACAACCUUGUCACUGGACAAUCCGACAAAGUUCAGCUCAAUCUUUACUAUGAAUCACUUUGUCCCGGUUGUCAGAUGUUCAUCGUAGAUGAACUUGUCAAAGUCUUUGACUCUGAUCUCUUCACGAUCACUGAUGUGAAGCUUGUUCCAUUUGGUAACGCCGAAAUCUCCGAUAAUAAGACCGUCAUUUGCCAGCAUGGUGAAGAGGAAUGCAAACUUAAUGCAUUUGAAGCUUGCGGUAUUAAGAUUUUGACUAACCCGAAAUCGCAAUACAAGUUCAUACGAUGCAUCGAAAACGAUACGAAAAACUACGAACAAAAUUGUUUUCAAGGCUUUGGAGAUGAUCAGAAAGAAGUCAUGAAUGAUUGUUACAACAGUGAUUUAUCUAAAAAGCUCAUACUUGAGAACGCAAAACAAACCAUGAGUUUGAAGCCAAAACAUGAAUUCGUACCAUGGGUUACUCUCAAUGGCAAACCACUCUAUGAGAAGCUAAAUGAUUGGGUGGCUCAAGUCUGCAAAUUGUACAAAGGAAAAGCUCCACUUCCAAAAGAAUGUAGUUCCGGUAGUGUUUUGUCUGAGACUGUGAAGACAACGUCGGAGCUUCAGUUCUCUUAUGUCAAUGAUGCUAUGAUCAUCAAUUAAUUACCAAAGCUACUAAGCUUUAUGUCAGUGGAAAAAAUAAUUAAAUAAAGAGCUAUUUUCUAGAAUUUUUUU